CCAGUGACGUCGGCAUCGCUCGGCCCCGCCCCGCUCCUCUGCGCUUGGGAUGCCGCUAGCCUGGACAGAGCCGGCGGGUACCGAAAGUGUCCCCGAGAAUUCCACCGUCUCCGUGUGCAGUGGCACCGAGCAAGCGACAGUCCGAGGAGUCCGCGGCGGAGCAACCCCGGCGAAGCACGGAGACACGUCGGCACCCCCGCCCUCCCUGCAGCGGCGUUUCUCGUCUUCACGGAUCCGCAAGCAGGGAGAGGAGGGCUGAAUCCAGGCAGCGGACAGGCCGAGGCGCGCAGGCCCGAGUGAAGCCGCGGCUGUCAUGACAACGGCGCGCGGGUGGCACAGUGUCUAGGAAACCGAGCGGCGACGUGUGACGAGCAGGAUCAAAAUAAGGAGAACGCAAGAGAGGUGUCACCUGCGGACGACGUCUGACCUGCUUAUCCACCAGCCAGCUCUCCUGCUGCUCCCGCUCUUCUGGCAGCCAUGGAUAAGGACUACGAGAAGCGGCUCCUUCGACAAAUUAACUUCCACAACACGUCCAACAACGUCCUGCUGCCGUCGGCGUCUCUAAAUUCGCCAGUCAGCCUUCAGAAGACCGGGGAUCGUUUCAUUCCCGCCAGAGCCGGUUCCAACUGGAGCAUCAACUUCCACACGAUAAACGAGAAUGGCAAGUCCCCCAAUCAUAGCAGGAGGUCUAAGGACACCAGUGCAGACAAUGGCAAAGAUGGCAUGGCCUACGCUGCUCUUUUGAAGAAUGAGCUUCUCGGGGCCGGAAUCGAGAAAGUCACUGACCCCCAGACAGAGGACCGCCGCUUCCAGGUGCCCAUGCAGGAGCGCCGCAACUUGUUUCGGUAUGCAGUCAGCAGCAAGAAGGUCCUGAGUGACGGUGGCAACGAGAUCUCCCCGUACUCACUUUCUCCCCUGAGUAAUAAGAGUCACAAGCUGCUCCGCUCGCCGAGGAAGCCCACAAGGAAGAUCUCCAAGAUCCCCUUCAAGGUUCUGGACGCCCCGGAGCUGCAGGACGACUUCUACCUGAACCUGGUCGACUGGUCCGCCUCCAACGUGCUGAGUGUGGGACUGGGGGCCUGCGUGUACCUGUGGAGCGCGUGUACCAGCCAGGUGACUCGGCUAUGUGACCUGUCAGCUGACGGGGACUCGGUGACUUCAGUGUGCUGGAGUGAAAGGGGCAACUUGGUGGCUGUUGGCACUCAUAAGGGCUUUGUGCAGAUCUGGGACUCGGCAGCUGGCAAGAAAUUGACCUGCCUGGAUGGCCACUCGGCUCGAGUCGGGGCUCUGGCCUGGAACGCGGAGCAGCUGUCCUCCGGAAGCCGGGAUCGUCUCAUCCUGCAGCGGGAUGUGCGCAGCCCACCGGUGCAGAGCGAGCGCCGACUGCAGGGUCAUCGGCAGGAAGUGUGCGGCCUCAAGUGGUCGCCGGACCACCAGCACCUGGCGUCUGGGGGCAACGACAACAAGCUCUUUGUGUGGAACAACUCGAGUCUGAGCCCAGUGCAGCAGUACACGGAGCACCUGGCGGCCGUCAAAGCCAUCGCCUGGUCACCUCACCAGCACGGCCUGCUGGCCUCGGGCGGGGGGACCGCUGACCGCUGCAUCCGCUUCUGGAACACGCUGACCUGCCAGCCCUUGCAGUGCGUCGACACGGGCUCACAGGUGUGCAACCUGGCCUGGUCCAAGCAUGCCAACGAGCUGGUCAGCACUCACGGCUACUCGCAGAAUCAGAUCCUGGUCUGGAAGUACCCGUCGCUUACGCAGGUCGCCAAGCUCACUGGACAUUCCUACAGAGUUCUCUACCUGGCCAUCUCGCCCGACGGAGAAGCAAUCGUGACCGGAGCUGGAGACGAGACCCUCCGCUUCUGGAACGUCUUCAGUAAAACGCGCUCCACCAAGGAAUCCAAAUCUGUUCUGAACCUUUUCACCAGAAUCCGGUAGUCGCUGGACGAGGCGACGAAUUGGCAGCUGUUGUCCCCUGCCACUUGAGGGCCCAGCAGGUGCACGUCUCCUCGUGGCCGAGCGUGCAGGCAAGAUGGCGUCAUCCUGGAUAUUUGAGCCGACCUCGGGGCUGAGCAGCAGUGGCCGUCAGAGUAAGGAGGAAGAGCUCAGCCAUGGCCACGUCCCAAAUGGCAUCCUUGUCACCUGCUCCCUGGGGCGCUGCAGUCGGUCUUGGCGUGUGCUCCUCUAUCGGCCCUGUGGCACCCCUGGCUGAAGCCUUGGCACAUUUCUUAGGUGGCCAACACUGGCGUCUGCCUUGCCAGUUGGAGACCCUGCUGAUAGGGGGUGGACAUGGAGAUGUCCGGCACGUGUCCACCUGGCACUUCUCACAUAAGCCAGACACACGCUGAGAGAAUUGAACAGAUAGAUUGGCCCACAGGCACAUAUAACUGCUGCAUGGCAUGGGUACCAUCUUGCCCCGUGCCAGCUGACAGAGGCCUGUUUAGCAUGGGUGCCAUGGUAUCGUGUGAUCGAGGGGCCUGUGUCAGCUAAGACUUGCAGUCUGUGUGCUGGUGCUGCCCAUUACAGCGUACACCUCACCUGGUGCCAGUGCUCUCUGUAAAGGCACUAUAGGCCUAAAGCCAAGUUACCAGCAGCACAAAGGUGCAGGGUGCCAGUAAUCACGUGGGUCACGUGGCCCAUUUAACAGUUUCAAUUACAGAAUAAACACCACCCAUUGUCCCGCCCCCUGCAUUUUAUUGGCUCAUUUGGUCAACUCAGAUUUCUUCCAGCACCCCCUACUGGAUACCUGAAUGGAAGUCCGCCUUCCACUCAAUGAGGACUUGUGGGAGGUGCAGGUGAAGGACUCUGUGACACCAGUGAAGGGCCCAGGCUGCCUGUCAGCCACUCCACUCCUCCAUCUUUUAACGCUGAGACUCCUCCUCAUCUGCCCCCCUUCUUAACGGGCCGAGCCCUGAGCGCUCAGUACGUGUGCCAUUUGGGACGUGGCAGCCCACCUGUCCAGUCGGUGACAUGCCAGCUCCUUCUGUCACUCCUCACUGCUGCCCACUCCAGGGUCUCCAAGUGAGGCUCCAGAUGGUCCACCGAGUGUCGUAUGCCGAGCCUUCUGACCCCACUGACUGCCAGCCUGGCCAGCGCCUCCUAGUGACCGGUCCCCUAUAAGAGCUGGCGUCAUCAUAUUGUGACUGUUAAAGAAUGACAAGCAGGAUUUGUGACAGGAGUGUCUAAAUGGAAGUGGCCAAAGGAUCAUCCAGCUAAGUUGCGCUGGAGGUGUGGUGGGCCGGGUGGUGUCCUAGGACGUGGCGCACUGGGCUCUGCCACCUCUCUCUGUGUAUAAAGUGUACAUAAAUACCGUAAUUUAAAUAAACGGCCUGCCAAGUG